ACACUUCUCCUGCUGCUCUCCCUUCUCUGUCUCUCUCUCCUCCUCUCACUAGACUCCUUCAUUCUUUCUCUCUGUCGUCUGUAUUUUUCUGUGACCUUCUCGACAGCUUACUAAAAAUUAGGGUUUAUUUUUCAAUUAAUUUUAUCCCCUUUUUUCUCUCUCACUAACUUUUCAGGAUUCAAAUUCAAGCACAAAAACAGCUUUCUUCUUCUUCACAGCUACAUUUCCAACGUUACUUUCUCUCUCUAAAAAUAAAAACUAGGAGUUUCUCUCUUUGCUUGGAAGUUUCAACGAAUACGACUCCUUCCAAUAAUAAGAUCCAAUGAUCUGAUCAUUUGAAAUUCGAAAACGAUAGCGGGCUCAGGUUAUUUUUUCAAUGCGUGCGCUGUUGGUGAUAUUUUUUUGAUUUAGAGGUUUGUUUCAUAAAUUAGAGAGAAAGUUGCAAUGAAUAAUUAUUGUGGAGGUGAGGCCUAAUUUUUUGAGGGGUUUUGGAUAGUUGGUAGUUAAACAUAGAGAUGGCGAUAGCGGGUUUGCACAAUGUUCCUGUGAUUGAGUCUUCCAUUCUAAGGGAGUCUCAAUCAUCAUCGGCAAGAAUUGGAAAUCCAGGGAGUAUUAGCACCCGAGCAUCCUCAAUCCGGCAGAUGUGGCUGGAGCUUGAGGAUGAAUGUGUGGUGAAUCGUGUCCGUGACAGAGGAAGGUUAAGGUUGCAACAGGAGAGAAAUGAUGGUUUGUCUAAUUGUCAAGUUGGGGAAGGUAGGGGUGGUUUGGAGGAUUCGAGUGAGAGCGAAAAUGGGUCUGUGAUCAACUCUGAGAGCCUCACAGGGCCUCUAAAUGAGCAGUAUGAUCGUCAGAGUUUGGCAUCCGAGCAAUCUCAAGACUUUGGACUUGUUGAAAGAGCGAGAGUUAGGAGAAUUUUUCAGGAGUGGAAGAAUACUGGUGUAGCUAACCAAGCAACCAAUGUUCCCCACAGGAACCGAGGUGUAAGGUCUCAAUGGCUUGGAGAGACUGAGCGUGAAAGGGUUCGAGUUGUGAGGGAAUGGAUUCAGAUGACUAGUCAACCAAGAGAAGACCAAGUUUCUGAAGUUGGUUCUCCAAUUGAACGAGUCCGAGAUGGGCAAGUUGUUGAUCAUAAUGAAAGUCAAGUUGAAAAUAAUCGGAGGCCAAUUCGCAGAUUAUGUGGCAGGCAGGCUCUGCUUGAUUUAUUGGCCAAGAAAGAACAGGAAAGACGACAAGAGCUCCAGGGUUUGGAGGUGACACAACCUGUUAGUCGUUUUGCUCACCGCAACCGUAUUCAGUCAUUACUUAGAAUUCGCUGUUUCCAGAAUAUGCGGUCAGCUGAAUCUAGGAGGCCCAGUUCCACUGCAGAAAGUGAACUAGGGUUGCUCAGGCAGCGACAAACUGUGUCAGGUUUGAGAGGAGGUUUUCUCUCCAGAUUGGACAAUGUUCAAGUUCAAGCGAGUGAUCUGUCUGGUAGUUCUUUGGAAAACAGUCCUCAUAGUUUUAGAGAUGAUCAAACCGAGGCUAACAGCGCAAACGAGGUUGUUGAUGGUGCCCAUGUGCCAAAUAAUCCUGCAAAUGGGUUCCUUGAUGGUGCUGAUGAACAAAAUCAGCCUGCAAAUGAGGUCCUCAGUGGUGCUCAUGAACAAAAUAAUCCUGCAAAUGAAAACCUUGAUGUGAUUUGUGAACAAAGUAAUGUUGAAGGAGAUGCUAAUGUAAAUAACCCUAGAGAAUACAGUGGAAACACUAAUUUUCAAGAACUGGAAGUUCAAGUUGAAACGAGGCUGGAGGUUGCCUCAGAUGAGGAGAACAUAUCAGAGACAGCUACUAGUGGGCCUGCUGAUGGUUUUUCAGAUGAGGGCUACUUGCUUAUGAAUUCUCAAGAACCUUCAAGAAGUGGAAGCGAGGAGUUUGGGGAGAUAGAAGGAACCCAUGAGUUAUCCCGUCACUUUAACACUCAUAGAGAAGAAAUCAAUGUGCUUAAUCAAUUAGAUAAUGAAGUCCACGAAUCUGAAGAGGUAAAUGACCAAGAUUUCAGUAUCCAGGUAGAAGACUGGCCGGAACAAGUUACAACGUAUAAUGAAAGCGGAUGGCAAGGUAAUGUUCUAUCAAACCAAUGGAGAGAUGGUGAUCAAGCUGAAACAAAUAGACAACAUGUAGAUGGUGAAGAACACUUUGAUGGUGCUCUAGAGAGUGAAGUUGGAGAGCAGAACGAUGCACAAGAAGACUACUGGCAUGAAAGUGGUUCUCUGGAGACUCCAAGAGAAUGGUUGGGAAUGCCUUCCACUUCUGGGGUGACUUCUGGUAGACUUGAUACAUACUAUUUUUCUGAUGAUGAUAAUGUGCAUCAUAUGGAGCUAAGAGAACUUGUGAAUAGAAGAAGAGUUUCAAGUCUUCUUCAUAGUGAUUUCCGUGAGAGCCUAGAUCAGUUGAUACAGUCUUAUGUGGAGAGACAAACUAAUGUUCCUGAGGACUGGGAGCUACAUGAAAUGUCUCUUCCUCCUUUCACUACGCAAAAUCAAGAUCAACUAAGCACAGGCCACAGUGAGGAGUCAGAACCCAUUCAUGUGGAGGAAACUCAGCGAACCCUCCCUAGACCACCUCCUCUCCCUCAGGCACAUUGGGGGCACCAUGCCAAUUGGUCGAGGCAUGAAUCACGACAGCGCCCUGGAACUGAGUGGGAGAUCAUUAAUGAUUUGAGGAUUGACAUGGCUAGGCUGCAACAAAGAUUGAAUAACAUGCAAAGAAUGUUAGAGGCCAGUAUGGAUAUGCAACUUGAACUGCAACGUUCUGUAAGACAGGAGGUCUCUGCUGCUCUGAAUCGCUCAGCUACUCCUUCAGAGUUGUUCGAAAAUGUAUUGCCGAAAGACAGUUUCAAAUGGGAUUGUGUAAGGAAAGGCAUCUGCUGUAUAUGUUCUAACACCAACAUUGACUCUUUAUUAUACAGAUGUGGGCACAUGUGCACAUGUACUAAAUGUGCGGAUCUGUUGGUUCAAGGUGACGGGAAAUGUCCAAUGUGCCAGGCACCAGUUAUUGAGGAAGGAUUAUAUCGCAAUAUUCUCAAACUGAGUAAAUUGGGUCAGUCUAUCAGUUUGCAGAUGCCGGUGCUUACAAAGUCUCCAGUUUUCCUUUCUCUUUAAUAUACUUGUAUUAUAAGUCGCGUUAUAAUUACCGAGUAUGUCUUAAUUCUCUGCCGUACCUAUCAUCCUAUGCCCCUGAUUUUUGCCGCACGUUACAUAAUCCUCUGAUGUAUUCCUACCUAUUUUUGUUCUUAUUUUGGGACUUAAAUUUCAAGUCUAAUUAAGGUGGGGACUGAGACUAAUGUAAUUGCUUUAUAAGGACCACAGUGUGUUAAGAUUGCCCCUGAAGAGUGAAGACCAUUUGUAUAUAAGUUUCUAGACUUCUAUUGGAGACUUUGUGAACAAAACAACUAUUGUAACACCAUAAUAGGUUCGGGUGGGUGAUACCAAGUACUCCGUACCAGUUACUAAAAAUGUCCACAUUCAUACAUUUGUUUUUUUUUUCUUUUGUUGUUUGGUACACGAAAUAUUUACAGCUUUUACACCUCUUUCA